ACCUGGUAGUGUCGAGCCUUUGUUGUCUCUAAUUUACCCGGUCUUUCAUCGCCGUGACAAGAACGUCCUCUCGGUCGCUGCAAACUUUUUUUUUUAGUUCUUUCAAUCCUUGACUAAAUCCCUGACUAAUGACUAAUACUAGGUGUGACCAGUAUGUUGUCUAGUGCCAUUGUGUAUGUCACAUGGCUCUUUAUAAUCCAGAAUGCCACUAAGAUACGCCUUGUCAACAUCUCCACGGCGUUCAGUGGGAACUUAACGUCUCUACAGUAGGUUCUCCGUCAUCAGCCAUUCCUAAUUAAAGUCCGAAGGGCCUGGUCGCAUUUGUGGUAGGCCGCCGCACGAUGUAAGAUGUUACUUGUUGGUAUUUUCGCGCCUCCAGACGAACCUGAGGGACACCGACGUCCACUGGGACUAACCGCGGACCCGUGUGGUGAGAUAACUCACAAAUCAACGUGUGCGGUUUCGUCCGGAACUAUUCAGGAAGCUUGAUAAUACGUUACGAAGAGAAAACAUGGGAGACAAGCAGGAUUCUCUGGACCACGAGUUUGCCAACUACACCACGUGCCACGGCGCGUCUCGGAUCGCCAAUGCCAAAAACAGACCCCACAUGGCGCUGUGGACUCUGAUCUUCCUAGCUGCGUUUGGGCUGUGCACGUGGCAGAUUGUCGACAGAUUCCAGAACUAUUUCGCGUACCGUACUGGGACAGAGAUUAACGUGCAGCUGGAGAGUGAGCUGGAUUUUCCUGCUGUCACUAUCUGUAACUUUAACAGAAUCCGUGCUUCAGGCGUAACGCAGAGGGACCUGACGUACUUGUGGACCGCCAUGUACGCCCCGGUUAUGAUGGGCAACCCGGAAGCUGUUCAGGCCUACGUUAACUCCGUCGACUGGGACGCUUUCAACGUCUCCACGGAGCUUCUGGAGGACUUCCCCGGUUACGUGCGGCGUAACGGCUUCGUUCUGAACGAAGACACACUCGCACAGUGCACUUGGAGGGGGGUGGAGUGUACAGCCCAAAACUUCACCCACGUAUUCACAGAGUACGGAAACUGCUGGACCUUCAACAGUGACAAGAACUCCCCGCUGAAGCAAACCUCGCCCGGGGCAGGGAACGGGCUCAAACUGAUCAUGGACGUACAGACGGAAGAGUACACGGAGGAUCCACUGUUAGGGAACCUGGAGUAUGGCCUCAUAUUCCAAGUGCAUGACCAGCAUGAACCGCCCCGGCCGGAAUUGGUCGGUACUGCAGUCGCACCUGGCAGUCACACCUACGCCAGCACUUUCCAGACGCACGUGAAAAAUCAGCCGACGCCGUGGGGCCAGUGUGACCAGAAGAAAGACGGGAACCAUCUAAAGUACUACGAUAAGUACACCCUGGCUGGCUGUCUGCUGGAAUGCCGCGCGGACCUUGUAGCCAGUGUUUGCAAAUGUACACCCAUGUAUUAUCCUGGUGAUAUGGACUACUGUACGCCACUAAACUUAACAACAUGCGUCGUGCCAACCCUAUCGACGUUUUUGAGAGAAAGUAACGAGUAUGACGCGUGUGGCUGCACCGUGCCAUGUGAAUACACCUCCUACUCCUCACAAGUAUCGUACGCAGGCUACCCUUCCGACAGAGCGGCCCGCUUCUACGAAACAACUUACAAUUUUAGCAGUGGGUACUUGAGCAAGAACAUCGUGCUUCUAGACGUGUACUACCACGAACUGAGGAGUACAACAUACGAGCAGUUCAAGGCAGUCGACGAGUCUGGACUGAUCAGUGACGUAGGUGGACAAGUCGGGUUCUUCAUCGGCGUGAGCGUCAUCACCUUGUUCGAGUUCCUGGAAUAUCUGAUCAUGAAAUUUUCGGCGUUUUUCCUCUUUUCAAGAAAAUCUUCCAUUACAAAGCCCAAUAAGAAUGGCUUGAAAGUGAACAACGCGGUGGUGUUUGAAAAUACCGCUGCGGAAUUUGCCGAAAAGACAGACAGCACCGAGCUGUCAACAAUACAAACAAAGUUCAACGGUGAAAAAGCAGCUACACUGGAGAUGACAUGACGAAAAAAUCCGUAACUGCCAUGCUGUUAGAUAAGACACGGCGUCUAGCAAUCCAGAGUUUCGUCUAGUUGUGAUAAAAGUACAAGUAGCUUUUCGAUUGAAUCUACCUUCCUUGUGACUCUUUUCUUGAUUUUAUGCCUUCCUGCAGACAGUUCGUAUACGUAUACAAUGUUUCGCAACUUGAAAGGUUUGCAUUGUUUUCUUGUAGCGGAGCAAUGAUCUUCACUUCAUACAUCAUAACGUAUAAUUCUGACAUUCCAAAGAUUUGAGAACAAGUUGAUUUCAGUUGACCUGAUCUAACCCCGGCAUGUGUUUGGAUAGUUCGACUCUGAACCAAUAGGGUGAUCUAUAUGCCGAUAGGCCGACGAUUAUCGCACAAUUCGAGGAGGCUCAAAUUUCCAAAUCCCCAUCUGAGCAUCUCUCAUGAACUUCCCAGAUUAUUAUCGUAUCAAAAAAUACGUUCGUCACUUCUUUGCGUACUGAAUAGGACAAAUUUGCGUGUCCUUUAUUUUGUAAUAUACUAAUAAAAAACCCACUGCACAAAUUCAACUACUGUAGUAAUUUGAUAUGUAGGGAAUCGCCAGCCACAUUCCUU